AUGCCGUAUGACAUGCACAAUCCGCUCACAGUAGCACUACCUUACAACUUUAUGAGCAAUAAUGACUAUCCAACAGAGGUCAUGGCUAAUAGGUUUGUUGCCUGGAGAUCUUUCAUCAAGGAGUUGCUCAAUUAUUUUAGAGAGUAUUCUAGUGUCCAAGAGGAGAUUGUCCGCCAACAAGCAAGGCUUCAACAAGCUGUUGGCGCAACAGUAAAAUCAAUAGCUUCUCCAUCUGCUACUAACCACUCGUCGAAUAUAGGCAACCAGGAUAUAGAGGCAAUCACAAAGUCCUUUUUGCCAAUAGGGAAUGGUUCAGUGCAGGAUGUCCCCGAUAUAUUGUUCCAUUACCAUCAGCAAAAUGUAACCAACUCAUCAAAGACCCUAAAGGAAAUAAAUGCGAUAAUAAUUCCCAAGUUGGAAGAGUUGAGAAAGGACUUGCUCGUGAAGAUCAAAGAGAUAAAGAAUUUGCAGAAUGAUUUCAAAAACAAUUUGAAUAAGGAGCUCAAUGAAACCAAGUCGUUGAUCAGCCAAUACAACCAGGCUGUCGAGUGGGCUAACAAGUUGGAUACUAGUCAUAAUUUGCAUCAAGCAGAUGCCGAACAAGGAAAGUAUGAUCCGUUUUUGGUCAAGACGAAAUUAGAUCGUCAAUUGAAAAGGCAAUUGGUGGAAGAAAACUACCUUUAUGAUGCAUACUCCAAUUUACAAAAUGCAGGAAAACAGUUGGAAAGUAUUGUAGUAGCGGAGAUUCAAAAUUAUUUAUCGCUGUUUCUCAAAUUGAUCCGAGAGGAAAACUUGACAUUUACCAACUACUUGGAGCCAAACAUCAUCAAUGGCUUCUUGUCAAAGGAAACUAAUUUCGAAUGGAAUGCAUUUAUUGAAAGAAACUUGCCUUCUAAUAACCUUAGUGUUAGUGCUGUGGGUAAUCAGACAACGUCUUCAGUGAAGAAUGGUACGUUCAUCGACUUGGACAUCCCAAAACGACAUCUUCUGGACCUUAUUAUUCGUAAUGCUGAGUCAAACUUGAAUGUUGCUGUGCGUGAAGGUUAUUUGGAGCGUAGGUCAAAGUUUCUAAAGAAUUACUCGAGUGCAUGGUAUGUCCUUACUUGUUCCUUCAUCCAUGAGUUUAAGUCAAACGAUCGGAAAAAGGACCCUCAUCCCGUAAUGUCGUUGCCUUUGGAUUCCUGUACUGUCAGCGACCAUUCAAAAGAUGACGGCAAAGCAAAUGGUGUAUACAAGUUCAUUUUGACUUCGAAGCUGGCCAGUGCGUUGAUGCACAAGACACACAAAUGGGUGUUUCGAACCAACACUUACCAAGACAUGAUUGAUUGGUUCAGUGACAUCAAGAAGUUGACUAGUUUGCCCACCCCUAUUUCCAGAGCUAGAACUUUACCCAAUAGACCGAAGGGUGUUGUUAGCGCAGCCAAGGCUGGAUCAAGAGCAUCAUCGAUCCGUUCACCAACUAGAUCCUUGAGAACUGUCAACACUAAUACCUCGAACUUGCAGAAAACAAAUAGCCGAAACUCGCACCGACCAUUAUCGCAAACCACGUCAAUAGCUAAUGCUAACAGAUUAUCGUCCACUUUCUCCCUGAGGAACAACCAAUCACCUAGAUUAAGUAAUAUGAUAAACAGCGAUGGAACAAUUAUAACUCCAGUGGAGACUGAUGACAAUGUCAAGCGAAACCCCAGUUUCAUUAGCCACUCAGGUUAUGAACUGGCCAAUCGUGAUCCAGCCAUGCAACAACAACAACAAAAUUAUGUACCUCUACCACAGACUAAUUACCAGCAACAAAUGCAUCAGCAGCCAUAUCAGUUGAUUCCUGUAGAAUCGAUCACCAGCGGUGGUCAUUCUCAACAAGGACAACAGUUUGCUAAUAUUGGAACACCAUCAAGCAGUGUACCAUAUUAUAUACAAAGUGGAGGUCAACCGCAACAGUUUUAUGACCCAGUCCAACAACAAUACUAUACAAUCACUCCAAGCGCACCAAUAAGUCAGCAGCAAUCUCAAAAUGGACAACAAGGUGCGCCACAGCCGCAGUUCUUCCCCACGUCACCACGCGGUGCACCGGUACUGAUAUUAAGCACUUCUCCAGCUGCACAGCCGUUUGGUUCAGCAUAUUUUUCGCAAUUUGCUGGCGCUGGAGUUCAACAGCAGGCUCCAUCACAAGCUCAGUCACAACAGGUUCAAUCACAACAAAGUCAACCACCGUCGCAAGCUCAUUCACACCAAAGCCAGCCUCAGUCGCAAGCUCAGUCACAACAAGGUCAACCCAGUCAGAAAAACAUACAUCCAAUGUAUUUGAACGGUGACUUGAACCAGCAAGAUGAUCAUACAAAGGGUGCUACUGCGACUAACGGACCAACUCAGAAUGGCGAAGCGUCUCUCCAUCCAAAUAUGCAAAGACAUUUCUCUGCUGAUGAAGUGUCGACAUUGAAGAGUGGCCCAAUUGAACAAAGUCAACCUCCAGCACCAAAUGCUAAUGGCGAUAUCAACAUCAUCGUAUCAGAUGAUAAGUGA